CGCUGAGCGGACUUUUCAACUUUCACCCGAGUCCUGGUCCUUCCUCUUCCGUCUCGGUGAAAUCAGGUCAAGAUGAUGCAGCGCCUGACAUACCGCCGUAGGUUAUCCUACAACACCGCGUCCAACAGGAAAAGACUGUCCCGAACUCCAGGUAACCGUGUAGUGUACCUCUACACUAAGAAAAAUGGCAAGGUUCCCAAGUCAGCAUGUGGAAUCUGUCCUGGAAGACUGCGCGGAAUGUGCGCUGUGAGGCCACAGGUCCUGAUGAGGCUCUCAAAGACCAAGAAGCAUGUGAGCAGAGCCUAUGGUGGUUCCAUGUGCGCCAAAUGUGUGCGUGACAGGAUCAAGCGUGCGUUCCUUAUUGAGGAGCAGAAGAUCGUCGUCAAAGUACUCAAAGCACAGGCACAGAGUCAGAAAACUAAGUAAAUGUGUUUGUAACUCAAAAUAAAUGUUUUGGAAACAUG